AUUAUAGGUCUAUGCAACACCAUUUUGGAGAGACAAAGCAAACUGGAGGCUAAGGUCGAUGAUUUGCAAAAGAAGAUAAUCGAAAAUAUGCCAGAUCGAUGCGAGGUGGUGGCUCAGCAAAAAACUCUUCGAGAAUGCAAAGUGCUUAUCAAAAAGGUGCAUCAGUCAUUCUGUCGAAUAAAUGGGGGCGCUGUUACUGAGUUCCAAUUGGAAAUUUCAGAUGUUCUCCCAUUAAAAACCAUUGACGCAUUGUUUGAUGUGGAGGAGAAACUGCAAAGCAAUGAAUAUAAAGAGGAAAUGAUAUCUUACAUAUUCACAUUGGGCGCUGCGUCUGGAAAUAUUGAUGGGACGAUAAAAAAAAUGUUUUCGGACGAAUUGUUAAUAAAUUUUAAUUGGGAUGGAAGGUGUGGAAAGAGAGCGUUAAUGAAACUUAAGCUCGUUGACCACAUCUUAUUUGAUAUUUUUAAACUCAAAGGCCGUCUCAAUUUCGAAAAGGAGGUAAAAAACAGCGUUCAUCUCAGCCAUAAUAGGCAGAAGCAAAAGAAGUAUGCCGCAAAAAAACCUUCGCAACAGGAAGGCGAAUAGUUUGAAUGUCUUUCUUAUUAACUGCAUUUUUUUCAUAGUGGAUUUUAAUUUUAAGUUUUUGUGUGAAAAGGAAGAUCUUUUUAAUACUUCAUUGAUUUUUUUUUUUACUUUUUAUCUUAUAUGUUUACUUUCUGCUUUUUUUAUGCUCGACGAAGAAGAAGUCGAUAUUUUAAAGUUUUUAUGAAAAUGUAUAUAAUUAAUUUUAGUAUUUAAACUUUAUACCAUUGAAGUUCAUCGAGAAAGUCGAUAUUUUUGAUCUUAAAUUAAUAUAUCAAAGAUAUCAUAUGGUUACAGUUUAUUAUAUUAAUGCCUUCAAACAACUGAAACUUCUAAGUCUUAUAAAGUGUGAUAUUUUAACGUUAAAUCAAGAAAUUCAAAUUUUUAAGAUCCCAAAAAUGUGAUUGAACUAAUGUUCAUUAUAUGCAUUAAUAUUCGACAAUAUUAAUAUCUCAAAGAUCUCAUUUUGUUACCGGAAGGUGAAUAGUUUUAAUUUCGUUCUAAUUAACUGAUUUUUUUUUCGUAGUGGAUUUUAAUUUUUAAUGUUUAUGUGAAAAUUAAGAUUUUUUUACUAUUGAA